UUUCAGAUCAAUAGAUUGAAUUCCAAUAUCCAUCAUGAUCUGAAUGUACCUACAAGCAACCAUGGCUUGACUUGAAUACUGAAGUGCACCUACAUUUGGAACUGUACUGGGUAUAUAAACAUGUGGCCUGUUCGCCUCGACUUCUCCGGUUAUGGGGAGUUCAGCCUCAAGUGAAAGUGAAUCUUCAAGGCCAUCAUCAAGGAAUAUACCAUCACCAAGAUCUCAAGCACCAUCAAGAAGAGAGCGGUCUACUUUUAAGGAGGUUCAACUCAACCAGAGGGAUUCCCAAUUGGGAAACCCCUCUGGUGGGGAAACCAUGGCGACCCAGUCUCAUUCUGGGUCCGAGCAGACGGACCAAUCAAAUAUCAGCCCUCAAAGGUCAAACACACAACAGCAAGGUGGUUCACAGCCCCAAAUAAGAAUAACACGCCAGGAAUCCCAAAGUCGAUGGCAGGGGGCAUACCAGCAAUAUCAGUACCCACAAGGAUACUACCAUAACUCUGGGCAGAGAUAUGGCCAAGGGGGGCAAUAUGGGGGAAUGUAUGGUGUGACUCAAGCGGCAGUGGGUCAUCAACAGCAACAGCAGAGACUGCAAUAUAAGGAAGAUGAUAUAGUAUUCGAGACAUUCUACCAUGUUAAUGGACAAGCACUUACAUGUAUGUACAAGAAUGGGCAGAGAUACGUACUAGACUCCUGGCAAACACAGACUUGGCAGCCUUUCCCAAUGCAGUGGUACAACCAAGGUACCCUUGUGACUAAUAGUGUAGUCAAGUCUGAUCAGCCUGUACAGAAUGAAGCAUCAUCUUCAAACAACACUACCACAGCAGGCACAUCUAUAGAUGACAGGGAAGGAAAAAUAGCUCACCCCAAGAGAGGAAAGCUACAUACUUAUCUAUUUGAGGAGAAGCGUAAUGUCCACUGUUACUAUGACACAAACAGUGGAACUUGGAUGAAGAUGCCAGUACAUUGGGAACUAUAUUCUCCACUUGUAAGACAGAUGGUAGCUACAAUAAAGGAUGACUGCCCAGAAUGGAAGAAUGAACAUGACAUUAUAGCCACACUUCGAGCAUGUAACUAUAAACCUGAUGAUGCAAUAGCAACUUUCCUUGCAUGGGAUGAAAUCUUUGACCAGAGUGCAGGAGGUACCAGUGACAUUAAUAUAAUCCUGGAAAAAGAUGAAAAUAUUGCCACUCUGGAGAAGAAAAGAGAUGUUCUGUGUGUCCAGUUAAGCAAGUCUUUCGAGGACCUGGAGUCUGAGAGAAAGCAGAAGCAAAUCCUCGAAUCUAGGGUUCAUGAACUCCAAGAGCAGCUAUCCAGCAUGGAGGUCGAGGCAAGGACAGCUACAGUGGCUCUGGAAGCCUUACAAAACCAGAGACCAAAGACAGCAAGACCAAAGACUGCUAGGCCCAAAACUCCACAGGUUGAGUACAGGACAGAAUACAUUGAGAUAGAGAAAGAUACAGUGGACCCUGCACUAGUUGAAGAUACUGCCACUGCCACUAAGGAUCUACAUAAAUCAUUCCUAAUGCUCAAGAGAGAAACUCAACAACAUUUACAAGAUCUUGGCAAGAUGUUAACACAGGUUGUGACUAGUGUCAUGAGUCUGAAAACAGCUGACAGUGGCCAAUCCAAAGAACUUCAGGAAAUUAAAGAACUAUACAGAAGAGAAACUAUGCAACGUAAAUUGCUCUACAAUAAGUUGCAAGAAUUAAAAGGCAAUAUACGGGUGUUCUGUCGAUGUCGUUAUGACAACCGAGUUGAUUGUAGCCAUAAUUUCCCAUCAGACCAAGAAGUCACACCCCUGGGUAGCAAGAAACCAUUCAGUUUUGAUAGAGUAUUUACCCCGCAGGCAACUCAAGCCGAGAUAUUUGAAGACACAUUGCCAAUCAUUACAUCAUGUGUAGAUGGAUACAAUGUGUGUAUCAUGGCAUAUGGGCAGACUGGUAGUGGCAAAACACAUACUAUGAUGGGUCCUAAGAAUGACCCUGGGGUGAAUAUUAGGUCUAUUGAAGAACUGUUAAGGAUUUGCAGUGAAAGAGAAAAAGUGCAGUAUAAACUUGAGGCUUCCAUGGUUGAGAUUUAUAAUGAAACAAUCCAGGAUCUGUUAUCACCCACCCCUACCACUUUAGAACUCAGAGCUCAAGGGAACAAAAUCAACCUCCCCAACCUGACCAAGAAGCUGGUAGAGUCAAAAGAUGAUAUACAGAAAAUCAUGGACAUGGGGGAUAAGAAUCGAUCUGUUGCUUCAACAAAGAUGAACUCAACGAGUUCAAGGUCACAUUUACUAUUCAUGAUCAGCUUAGAAGGACGAGAUAAAGUCUCUGGUGCUGUUUCAAAUGGUACAUUGACACUUUGUGACCUGGCAGGGUCGGAGAGAAUAGCAAAGACAGAGGCAACUGGUCAACGAUUAGUUGAAGCGGCUGCCAUCAAUAAGUCUCUUUCUGCUCUUGGACAGGUGUUUGCUGCUUUGAAGAGUAACCAGUUACAUGUACCUUAUCGCAACUCCAAGCUCACUCACCUGUUACAACCUUCUCUAGGAGGAGAUGCAAAGGCCUGUUUGUUCGUGAACAUAAGUCCUGCAGAGUCAAACGUAACUGAAUCUGUCAGCACCUUGCAGUUUGGCAGUGGCGCUAAACAAAUCAGUCUAGGCCAAGCAAAACAGAAUGUAAAGAAAGCACCAUUGAAAAGUAAAAACUCAAAUAUUGGACCAGCAAACUGGGAUCUUGAUCAACUCUGAUGAUAUGUUGGUCAUUCUCUCAAGGAAGUAUUGGAAUCUGCAAGAAUUCACUAAGUGUCACUGUAGUAUUCUACUAGGAAUUUGGAUUUUGUGUUAUGGUAGUCUUGCUUCAAGACUGUACUUCCCCCUAUGUACUUCACUUUCACCAAUACAACUGGUGCAGUAGAUAAGUGGGAAGGGUACAAGACUAUGGGUGUGUCUAUGAUGGAAGUUCUAGACAUUAGGCAGAUAGAUGGUGCAGUGAUUGGUAUGUUUACGAGGGGUGAUCCAAAAGUCUUGGACGCUCCACUCUAACUUUGCUAUUUCUUAAUGAAAUUACAUGAAACUUGCAGAGAGUAAAG